UUGAACCAGUUAAUCAUGUGCAUUUUGAAAUCUGAAGGAUUUCAGAAAAUGAACAGCAAUCUACGAGGAGUGAAACAAAACACUUUAUCCCAGAGAUACUUCUGUGAAAAGAAGUUCAAAGAAAGAGAGAAAUGGAGUAACAAAGUGGAAUUCAUCCUGUCAGUUGUGGGAGGAAUAAUUGGACUGGGCAACAUUUGGAGGUUCCCUUAUCUCUGUUACAAGAAUGGAGGAGGUGCAUUCCUCAUUCCAUAUUUUUUAUUCCUCUUUACCUGUGGAAUUCCAGUGUUUUUCCUUGAAGUUGUCCUUGGACAGUAUACUAGUCAAGGUGGAAUAACAGCUUGGAGAAAGAUCUGCCCCCUCUUUGAGGGUAUAGGUUAUGGGACAAUACUCAUUGAGUUGUAUCAGGUUAUUUAUUACAUCAUUAUUCUGACCUGGUCUACCUUCUACUUCUUCAAUUCAUUCUUUGCUGAGCUGCCGUGGACCCGCUGUGGACAACAGUGGAACACAGAUAACUGUGUGGAAUUUGCUAAGAAUUCCUCAGCUGGCAAUUGGACAAAAGGAGAAAAUGCCACCAUGCCCGUUAUUGAGUUCUGGGAGAAACGCGUACUGAGGUUGUCAGCUGGAAUUGACCAUGUCGGCACUAUCCAUUGGCAGUUAGUACUUUGCCUUCUUUUGAUCUGGAUUAUUUGCUUCUUCUGUAUCUGGAAGGGAGUUAAAUCAACUGGCAAGGUUGUAUACUUCACUGCUACCUUUCCCUAUGUGAUGCUUUCCAUUCUUCUAAUCAGAGGAUUAACAUUGCCAGGUGCUGCUGAAGGAGUUAAGUUCUAUUUGUCCCCUGAUAUUUCCAGGCUAGCUGACCCUCAGGUAUGGAUGGAUGCUGGUACCCAGAUCUUGUUUAGCUUUGCUGUCUGUUUGGGUUGCCUCAUUGCUUUGGGAAGCUACAAUGACUUCAAUAAUAACUGUUAUAGAGAUUGUUUGUUCAUGAGUGCCUUGAAUAGUGGAACCAGCUUCAUAUCUGGAUUUGCCAUCUUUUCUGUCCUGGGAUUUAUGGCACUUGAAGAAGGAGUGCCCAUUUCCAAUGUGGCUAUGUCUGGUCCUGGUCUAGCUUUCAUUGUCUAUCCAAAGGCAAUUACAUUGAUACCUUUCCCUCAGCUCUGGGCCUGUUUGUUCUUUAUCAUGCUUAUUCUCCUGGGUCUGGACAGUCAGUUUGUAGGUAUAGAAAGUCUGACAACAGCGAUAAUAGAUAUGUUUCCUGAGAUUUCCCAAAGAAAAUAUUCCAGGAUGAUAAUUAUCAUGGGCAUCUCAACCUUUUCAUUCACUAUUGGGCUAUUAAUGCUGACAGAGGGUGGGGUAUAUGUUUUUCAACUUUUUGAUACCUACGCAGUUAGUGGGACAUCUGUUCUGCUCCUGGCAUUGUUUGAAACAACUUGCGUCAGUUGGGUAUAUGGUGUCAAUCGUAUCUAUGACAACAUUGAGGCAAUGAUUGGAUACAGGCCCUGCUCAUACAUGAAGUGGUGUUGGUUCAUCUUUACUCCUGGCUUCUGCCUUGGUACUUGCAUUUUCUCUCUGAUUAACUACAGCCCCCUCAAAUACAACAAGACAUAUGUAUAUCCAGUAUGGAGCUACGCUUUGGGAUGGCUGCUUGCAUUCUCCUCUGUGUUGUGUGUCCCCCUUUGUAUACUUUAUAAAAUCUGCAUGACUAAAGGCACUCUUAAAGAGCGCAUUCUUCACCACAUUCGUCCGGCUGAUGACUCAUUGCAGUCCAAGAAAUUGAGGAAAGAUCCACUGCUGUGUGGCAAUCUGAAUUCUGAUCUCAAGCUGUCUCCACUCAGUACUCAGGAUGGCCUGCUGGAGAAUGUGGCUGUUUGAUGCUGCAGAAAGAGAUGCAGCCGCUUUUCAGAGCAAUUCCAGGCUGAAACAAUGUCAAUAAUUUGAUUCACCUCCUUCAGAGAUCCGAUUUCAGUCAUGGCAUGGCAUCAACCUGUCCAUCAUGUGCGUUGUGCAAAGAAAUUCACCAAAUGUUCUUCACUCGUUUUCCCUGAAUCAAAACAAGUAGUUGUCAGUUGUGCAUUGCAAUCAAUUUAUCCAAUAAACCCACAGAAUUCAUUCUGUGAAAUAUACAUAUUUCUCUGGUGCAUUGUUGGAAUUAAUUGUACAGAAUGUUAGUUUUGUAGUGAGAAAUCUCAGUCUACAGAAUUUCAUGUCCUUAGGAAAAUUGCUAAAGCCAGAGGAUUUUCUAAGGCAAUAUUUAAUAAUGUCUUAAAGAAAGUAUAAUCAUCUUAAAAAUCAUCUUGUUCAAUGUACAGAAAAAAGUUUGUCAUCAAUCAUGGAUUACGUUUCGCCCUAGAUUGAAGAGACACUUUUGUUGCUGAGGCUGCUCUGGGGAAAUGACUAAAUAAAUGCUACAAGUCAAAUGUA